GUGAGGUGUCGGCCCGGCUACAUCGAGGAGAGGCUUCACCGUUUCGAGGAGCUGAGGCAAACGCAGGAAGCUAUCGUUCGGGAGAGAGCGGGCAGCGCCAACAGGCCCAUCGCAGUGGCCAUCGCGGGCAGGAAGAGCGUGGCGGGACGGGCGUGGAGGACCAGCCCGUACCAAAUCUCCAGGGAACUCGGGUGUACUGGCACUCCAGCGCGCAUGUACUGGGAGCUGCAAUGGAGCAGCUGUAUGGAGGAUUACUCUGCAGUGGGCCCAGCACUGAGAAUGGCUGCUUCUACGAUAUGUACCUGGAGGGCAGGCCUGUUCCCAGUGGACACUUCCCGGAGCUGGAGAGCGUCUGCCGUUCGAUGAUGGAGGAGAAACUGCCCUUCGAGAGGGUGGAGGUGACGAGGAGGGACCUCCUCGAACUCUUCAAGUACAACAAGUUUAAGUUACGGUUUAUCGAGGAUAAAGUCACGUCUCCAACGGCAACCGUUUACAGGUGCGGUUCGCUGGUCGACCUGUGCAGAGGCCCGCACAUCGCCCACACGGGCCUGAUCAACGCUCUCCGCAUCGUGAAGAGUGCCGGAGUACACUGGGGUGGUGACCCCGACAAGGAGCCGCUGCACCGGAUCCACGCCGUCUCUUUCCCGGACAACGCCGCUCUGGAGGAAUGGGACCGGCGGCAGGAAGAGCUGAGGAGCCGUGAUCAUCGGAAAAUCGGCAAGGAGCAAGAAUUAUUUUUCUUCCAUGAUUUGAGUCCGGGCAGCUGUUUCUUCCUUCCCAAAGGAGCUCACAUCUACAAUACACUCACCGACUUUCUGAAGGGGGAGUAUCGGAAGCGUGGAUACGUGGAGGUGGUCACCCCGAAUGUGUACAACAGCAAGCUGUGGGAACAGUCCGGCCACUGGGACCACUACAAAGAGAACAUGUUCUCCUUCAAACUGGACAACGAGACAUACGCUCUCAAGCCCAUGAACUGCCCCGGGCACUGGUGAGUUUCAGAAA